AUGUGUGAUAUUUCGCUGACAUUACGAAUAGAUUUCUGCUUGAUUCCAAUAGGAACUGGCGAGCCAUCAGUUGCAGAGUACAUUGCUGAAUGUCACCGCGUGCUCGAGAAAUCGGGCCUGAAGUUUCAGGUACUUCAGGGACCGUGGUCACAGGUCAUGCAAGCGAUAAGAGAUUGCCAUGCAGCUGUUCAUGUGAAGGGAGCGCCUCGCGUUGCUACAGACAUUCGCAUUGGCACUCGUGUCGACAAAGAACUCGUGCCUGGUCAUGGUAACGAGGAUAAGCUCAAGCGCGUCCAGCAGAUCCUUGCUUUCGAUAACAAAGAGUAG